AUGAAGGCAAGCGAAAAGACAACGGACUCCUUCCAGGAGCAUGUCUCUGGACAAUCCAACAAGCCUCUCUCUCGGCCACCUCAUUCUUUGGAGGCUAUUCAGGUCCUCGAGGAACUCCAUGUCGACCAAGGUCAAGGUCUGGACCCCGAAGAUGCCGUCCGUCGGCUGGCGGAACUGGGGCGCAAUGAGCUUCGUCAACAAAAGGGCGUCCAGCCUUUGGAAGUCUUUCUCGAGCAGAUUUUCAAUGCCAUGACUUUGGUCCUCCUACUAGCACUCGGCGCAAGUUUCGGCAUCCAAGCCUGGAUAGAAGGCGGCAUCCUAGGCGGCAUCAUCGUCCUCAACAUCUUCAUCGGCUUCUUUCAGACACUCCAAGCCGAAAAGACAAUCAACUCGCUAAAGAACCUCGGCAAACCGACAUGCAAAGUCUUGCGUGACGGCAAGACGAUCGAGAUACAGACGGCGGACAUAGUACCGGGAGACAUCAUCGACUUGAACACGGGCGACUCGGUACCAGCGAAUAUCAUACUUAUUGAGGCUGUCAACCUGGAAGCAGACGAAGCGUUGCUUACUGGAGAGAGUGCACCCGUUUCCAAGAUGCCCAACUCGACUUUUGAUGAAGAUACGGGCCCUGGGGAUCGCCUUAAUGUGGUGUAUAGCUCCACGGUUAUCACCAAGGGUCGCGGGCGCGGCGUCGUGUUUGCUACUGACAUGUUUACCGAGAUUGGUCUGAUUGCUGGUGCCUUGAACGGCGGCACGGGGGACAAGGCCCUGUCGCGGGUGAAGCGCAACGAGGACGGGAGCGCCUCGGUCUUUGCGUACUUUGCCGCCGGGUACAUGGCCAUCAAAUCGUGGGUAGGCGACUUUCUGGGACUAACGAUCGGCACACCGUUGCAGAGAAAGCUAUCUCAACUGUUUCUGUGGUUGUUCUUGCUUGCCAUCAUCUGCGCAAUCAUUGUCCUCGGUGUCAACAAGUUUGAUUCUCGAAAGGAUGUCAUCAUCUACGCGGUUACUACUGCGAUUGGGACGAUCCCUGUCUCGCUUUUGUUGGUUCUGACGGUGACCAUGGCUGCGGGCACGAAGAAGAUGCUUGAGCGUCAUGUUAUUGUCCGGAAUCUUUCGAGUUUGGAAGCGCUUGGGGGAGUUACUA